UUAAAUGAAACAUACAUAUAUUGAUGGAAUAUACUCAAUUUAAUGGAUAUUUAAAAUUAUUUCUUGGAGAAUAUAUUGAGAAAAAUCUAUAUGUUUUGUGUAUAUUAACAGAAGUUAAGUUAAAUGAUUUGACUGAUUCUUCUAAUUUAGAAAUUAAAUCUUGUGAUUUACGGAUAUCAGACAAUAUUACAAAUGGACAUAAAGAAAAUGAAGAAUUUGAGACUUUUAAAGGGUUAAAAGAUUGGGACAAAUUAUCCAAGCUUCUGUUGCAUGCAGGAUACUAUUAUGAUCGAAACAAUAUGAGUACUUUUUGUCAGGCCGAUUUGUAUAUAGCUAAAAGGUGCUUACCUCUUCAAUAUUUUAAUAGCCUUAAACAACCUAAAGAGCAUAAAGUUGAUAUUUAUCAGCCUCCUCACAUCAUGGCCCUUAAAUAUGAUAAAAACAAAGUUUAUAAAGAAAUGCUUAACAACAAAGAUUUUGCAGAAGAUAAUUUAAGUUUUAACCUUUCCCGGCACAAAAAAAGUGACAAGGACAAUGAUUCUAGCAUAUUAAAUAAAUAUGGCCGUUACAAAUAUACCUUAUUUUCUCGGUUCGAUGAAGGUAUUGAAAUGGAUUCUGAAAGUUGGUAUUCUUGCACUCCUGAGAUUAUAGCCAAACACAUAGCACAAAGAAUGCCUUUCACUGUAAUUUUGGACGCUUUUUGUGGCUCUGGUGGCAAUUUAAUUCAAUUCGUUUUAAAUGGUGCUAAAGUUUUAGCGGUGGAUAACCAGGCAUCAAAACUGGCUUUAGCUCAACACAACCUUUCCAUAUAUCUUAAUUCACAAUCUUCCCCUACCGUAACAACAUACAAACAAGCCGAUUUUAUUCUAGCCGAUUUUGAAUCAGUUAUCAAUCGAUUUCGACAAAACUCUUUACCUAAUCACGACAGAAAACGUAACUCUUCCCAUCGCAGCAGCACAGAUUACUGGUCUGAUAUACGCGAGAGUGUAGACGCCAUAUUUCUCGAUCCCCCUUGGGGAGGAGUUCAUUACGAGCGAUCAUUAGCCUUCGAUUUGGAUGUUUUAAACUUCAAUCUAGCCGCCAUCUACAGGCAAUCUCUACGGGUAACUCCUAAUGUCGUGUUUAAGUUUCCACGUAAUUCCAACAUCUGUCAAAUUGCCUCACUUUUAAAACCAAAAGGCGUCGUUGAAAUAGAGAAAAAUUUUUUGAAUGGUUAUCUUAAAUUUCUGAUCUUAUAUUUUGGCACUUGUAUUCAUCCCGACUACUCAAAAUUAGUUGAACAAGAAUGUAUUAACGAUGCGACACGAACUUUAAAAGAUGGACAAAUUGAUGUGAAGUCCUUAGAACUCUCUUGACAAUUCGAAAAAAAAAUAUUUAUUUACAUUGUAUAUUUAUGCUUUUUCUAUACUAUAAUAUUAGUAUUAUAAAAUGUUUGUAUAUAUUGCCAACAAAUUUUAUUGUGAAAACAUUAUUCCGAGAAA